UUAUGGAUUUGCUAUUAUUAUUUGCCACUCUCCUCACUCACUCUCACACACACACUCUCUCUCCUCCACCUCUUUUACUACAAAAACAUUAACCACCGCCCAUCGGAGUUCCAACACCGUUCAUCGCACUCCAAUCUACUACCUUUUUCUCGAUUUGCUGGGGCUUCGCUUAAUCUGUUGUUCAUCGGACAUUGAAUCCAUCCAACAUUCAUUCUGCUGUAAGACCAAGUGUUGUGGAGCUACUGUUGUAUCUGCUUAAUUAUUCUGCUGUCUGCACUUUGACAACAGUGCCUAACAUAAAAUGGUAGCUGCGAUGGCAGCAUCAGCAGUCACACAGUCUUUACUGCGGCCUGUUCGGUCAUCCUCUUCAUCUAGUCCUCAUUAUUCAUCGUCUAAGUCACGACAUUUUUCAUCUCUCUCCUCCAACCUACAAUUCAAAAACCAUGAUUGCAAUGGCUCCAGCUCUUCACUGUUUUUGAUCAGCAAUGACCGCAGUAGGAGCCCUUUAUCACUUCAUCUUCAUCACCGGUUUAAACCAAGUGCUUCCCUUGGUUCGGAUCUUCCUCAUCCUAUUCAACCGGUAGAGGAAGCAGUUAAGAUCAACAGAAAUGAUGAGGUAAUGAAGCAAUGGGAUGGGUGGACGGCAAAGUUUGCUGCAGCUGCCAAUAUCCCAUUUCUCCUCCUUCAGUUGCCUCAGAUUUGGCUCAAUGCUCAAAAUCUUAUGGCUGGCAACAAUUCUGCUCUUUUGGCAGUUAAUUGGCUGGGCUCCCUAACUGGUUUGCUUGCGAAUCUUUCGCUGCUUUCAUACUUUGCCAAGAAAAAAGAGACAGAAGCAAUGAUAGUGCAAUGCCUGGGAAUUGUUACCACUUAUGUAAUGAUUUCACAGUUAGCAAUGGCUGAGGCAAUGCCCUCUCUUUAUUUCAGUUUAACCUCCAUAGUGGUUGGCACUGGUGUUAUCUCCAAUUUUCUUAAUUACUUUGGCAUUCUUCCACCUGUUAUCUGGGGUUUGUGGGAAGAUUUUAUCACUGUCGGUGGGCUUUCUGUCCUUCCUCAGGUUAUGUGGUCCACAUUUGUUCCAUAUAUUCCGAACAGCAUUCUUCCUGGGGCUAUAUCUUUUGUUUUAGCCAUGGUAGCAGCUAUCAUGGUUAGAACGGGUAAACUCUCUGAGAAAGGUGUCAAAUUUUAUGGAGCUAUAUCAGGGUGGACUGCUACACUUCUCUUCAUGUGGAUGCCAGUUCCACAAUUGUGGACAAACUUACUGAGUCCUGAUAACAUAAAAGGUUUAUCGCCUUUGACAAUGUUGCUGGCAAUGGCUGGAAAUGGAUUAAUGAUUCCUCGUGCACUUUUCUCCCGCGAUUUUAUGUGGUUUCUUGGUUCGUCUUGGGCAACUCUUCUUUAUGGAUGGGGGAAUAUUGUGUGCAUGUACUUGUUUAACAGCAUCAGUCGUGAAUCUUUCCUUGCAACCACAGCGGGCUUACUUAUCUGGAUAGGAGUUGCAUUUUGGAAGGACAGUAAGGCAUACGGACAUUCAUCUCCAUUGAGGUCUUUCAAGGAGCUGUUGUUUGGGUCAUGAUUUUGAACAAUACUUACACCAGCUAAAGAAACAAGGGCAGAAACGAUUCUAGGACAAUAGACUAGAUUAGAUGCUCAUGCAAAUGCAAAUGCAUAAUUUAAUUAAUUUUUGUUAGACGUCCGAGUUGAUCAAUUAAUAAGAUGUAUAACAUGAUUGUAAGAUUUUACACUUACAGUCUUGGUUUGUACUGUAUGACAGAGUCAUUUACAUUAAAGACAAGAAAGUCAUGUAAUGUGAAUAAUAAUGUAUUGCAAUAAACAUAGUUUUCAUCAAUGAUUCAUCAUCUUUGUUCUUCGUUCUUCAA